AGACGAAGAAGAAGACGAAGAAGAAGACGAAGAAGAAUUGCGCAAGCCCUGUAAAUAUUUUCCACAAUGGCUUCGCAGCCUCCACCUAAACCGUGGGAGAGACGGAUUCCCGGUCCCCUUGGAGCGCCUGUUAGCUUUCGAUCUACAGAUUAUGGACCAACCACAGGUAUAACCACCUCUUCAGGCCCUCCUGUCUUGACAAGGAUGGUGCCUCCGGUGCCCCCUCGCCCUGUUCCGCAGCAGUCCUACCAACCAGCGUACAACUCUUUCACCUCCUCUUACAGCCCCUUUGGGAGCUCCAUCUAUGGCGGAUACAGCCCAUAUAGAGGAUACAACUAUGGCGGAUCCUAUGGCCUCGGAGGAUACAGUCGCUUCCCCGCCACAGAGGAUGUUGCCCCCAGCCGUUUUGUACAGCAGGCAGAGGAGAGCAGUCGUGGGGCCUUCCAGUCUAUUGAGAGCAUAGUACAGGCCUUCACUUCAGUAAGCAUGAUGCUGGACGCUACAUUCUCCGCCGUCUACAACAGCUUCCGUGCUGUCCUGGAUGUAGCCAACCACUUGACACGACUACGAGCACAUUUCACUCGGGUUCUGUCUGCAUUUGCUCUGGUGCGCACCUUGCGCUACCUCUACAGACGAAUCCAGAGGCUGCUGGGGCUGAGGUCAGACACUGAGGUUGAGGACCUGUGGACGGACAGUGCAAGUGACGCCUUAGCCACUAGUGCAUCCAGAGGUUAUGGAGCAGGGAUGGACGAUGGCAGUGCCAGACCAGUGAAGUCUUGGCCAAUCUUCUUGUUUUUAGCAGUAGUGCUGGGGGGACCCUACCUGAUUUGGAAACUGCUGAGCUCCAACACUGAGGCUGAAGAAAGUGCCACCAAUUGGGCCGGUGGCGAGGAUGACCACGUCGUGGCAAGAGCAGAAUAUGACUUUACAGCUGCAUCUGAGGAGGAGAUUUCUCUGCGGGCAGGAGACAUGAUUAACCUAGCCCCUAAAGAGCAACAGCCUAGGGUGCGUGGCUGGCUGCUGGCCAGUGUUGAUGGCCAGACCACAGGGCUUGUGCCAGCCAACUACGUAAAGGUCCUUGGAAAAAGGAGGGGCCGUAAGCAUGCAGAGCUUAAUAGGCUUGUCCAGGCCCAGCAAGGAAACCCACAGAACCCAAAGUCAGCCCUUGCUACUGGCCCACCGCCAAAUCUAGCCCCAGGUUUCACUCCAGGUCUUGGUUCAGCGUCGGUGUCAACCACAGCUGCCUCAGAAGAACUUCUAGAGUCAGUCUACCGAGAAACACCAACAUCAUUGAGUCUGGACCCAACCAACUCCAGUAUCCCAUCCUGCACAGUUAUAGAUAUUUCAGAGAAGAUUGACCUUUGAUGCCUGUGUGUUUGCACAACUGUAUGCAUAUAUAUAUGCAAGUUUGUGUGUUUGCAUAAUUAGUUUGUUUAGUCGAUAUGUGUUGUGACCUUUUAGCUAUGAAGCUUGACUACUCAACAACUGACCCUACUUAUUUGUCCAGCCAUGCAAGCUAAUUGUACCAUGUAUCACAAGAUGUGGCUCACAACUACCCAGGGAAGAGAAAAACAACACAAGAAGCAGACUUUGGACCCUAUGACAGAGUGAAGUAGGAGGGGGUCAUAAAUGGUUGUCAUUAUACUUGUGUUACCCUCUUUGAAAUGAGUGUGUUUCAAAUUGAAUGUUUAUUUCUUUAGUUUAAGACAGGGACUUAUGUUUAGUUAGAAGAAACAAUGUUUUUGUCAAGAUCAUGUCUGGUCGGCUUGGCUAUCUGUAGAUUGCAACAGUUUGAUCAACAGAUGUUAUUUACUGUAAAUGUGUACUGAAGUUCACUCUAGAUAAUGUGCUCAAGAAUUUAGUGCAAUAUCACACAAACUGUACACUUGAUUUUGGAAGGACAAAGCCAACCAAUACAAUGGUAUUUCAAAAAUUAUUUACACCAGUUGAAUGUAAUAAUCCCACAAAAUCCUUGGCAGUCUGUUUUUGGUAUGGGCCUUGGCUUGUAGACCACCUUGUUCACUGCAUUUUCUUUACUUUUUUUUUUUAAUUCAAACUGGGACGCUGUCAUUCAAAACAGGGAGGGUUGACUGCACAUUUUGACUAUUACAGUUAUAAAGCUGCAAUUUUGUAAACACGUAAGUAAAAUUAUUUUGAAAAUACAAUUAUUCCUAAACAGUCAUUAUUUGCCCCAUAAAUAAAUCCUGUUGUAGAUUUAUGAAAUAAAGACAUGUGGCUCAAUUAUGAUGGUACAUCUCCACCUCGGGGUUCAAGUCCACUUCGCUGGAGUCCAUGAAAGAAUGGAAAACGAAAAUCCUUUUCAACAAAAGAAAAGGCAUCCAUCUGCCAGGAAAAGAAGUGGAUUUCAAUUGUGUUCUAGUGGUCAGAGUUAUUGAUAAUUACUCAAAAGGAAAGAUUUAAUUUUGUUAACCCCAUUUUCCAUGUAGAGACCUCAGUGCUGUCUACUGGGCUGGAAAACACUUGGCCAAUAACGUGGUGUUGAAUUUUGGUAAUUUCAAACUGUUAAUACAAAUGAUAUUUUUGGAGAGAAAAUUUGAUCAGGAAAAAAAGCAAUUUCAUUCUAAUAUUUAUAUACUUAUAUUUGUAAGUAUAUUUCAUAUUUUUGACGAGCUGAAAUGAUGGAAGUGAUACUCCUAACAGCAAUAUUUCUACUUAGAUGAAAAUAGUUUCAUUUACUGACACCAUAUUUUUUGAUAAUUUGUGUCAGUAAAAAGUGAAAUUAUCAAAACAAAGGGUGCGAAAUGUAUUAGAACUAUUUUCACACUGAACUGACUUCCACCCAGAGGUAUAUAAUAUAUUUGAUUUGAUUUAAUUUAUUUUUAUUUUGAACAUGUAAAAAAGAAAAACGAAACAAUAAUAAAAUGAAAUGAA